ACAGGGCGGGUCACACUUCUCUCCUUCCUUUCAAAUAGACGGCCCUCUUGGUUUCGACCCCCCGCGUCUUUCUUUCUCUCGUCCAUCAUGAAGACUCUCUCGAAGGACGGUGUCACCACCGUUGUCGACCAAGCACAGGUCGUCAUCCCCGACCUUACUGUCAAGGACCUCCUGUCAGCCAUUCCCUCCCGAUGCUUCAAGCGGUCGGCUUUCCGCUCGUCCCUAUACAUGUUUUGGGACUUUUUCCUUAUCGCUGGCAUCUACAAAAGCGCUACGUACCUUGACACCUUGAUCAACCCCGAAACACUCGCCCUCCCGCACCCUCUCUUGUACCCUUUCGCCCGCUUGGCCCUCUGGUCACUGUAUGGGUUUGCGACAGGCCUUGUUGCUACCGGGCUAUGGGUCAUCGCUCAUGAGUGUGGUCACCAAGCAUUCUCCGAGUCCAAGUUCAUCAACAAUGUGGUUGGUUGGGUCCUCCAUUCCGGUCUUGGUGUUCCGUACCAUUCUUGGCGCAUCUCUCACGCUAAGCAUCACGCCUCCACCGGACACAUGACCCAAGACCAGGUGUUUGUACCCAAGACCAGGUCUCAGGUGAAGCUACCUGCAUUUGACUCCACAAAAGAAGAUAUCUGGGGUGCAAGCAUUUCCAAUGAGGUUAUGAAGGAACUCUAUGAUGCUCUCGGCGACUCACCUAUUGGUGCAUUGUUUGGUGCAGGCUCAUAUCUGCUUUUUGGUUGGCCCAUGUAUCUGUUCACGAACGCUUCCGGUCAGAAGCGUUACCCUGCGGGCACGAACCACCUGAAUCCCAACUCCGUGAUUUUCGGCCCCCACCAGUACGGGCAGAUUAUCAUCUCAGACAUCGGAAUCCUUUUCUGGAUCGGCACCCUGAUUGCGUGGAGCUACAAGAGUGGCUUCGCCGAGGUUCUUCGCCUAUAUCUCGUUCCUUACCUAUGGGUCAACCACUGGCUCGUUCUUAUCACGUUCCUCCAGCACACCGACCCCAUUCUUCCUCACUAUCGUGCACCGGAGUUCACGUUCCCCCGUGGUGCCCUCGCUACGCUUGACCGGAAUCUUCUGGGCGACUUAGGUUCAUUCAUGGGCUGGAUAGGCGCUUGUGCUACCCACGGUAUCUCCGAGACACACGUGGCCCAUCAUGUCGCCAGCAAAAUCCCCCACUACAACGCUUGGGAAGCUACGUAUGCUCUCCGCAAGCGCCUCGACCAGGCUGGCAUUCAGUUACAGGGCCCCCCUGGUGGAUGGGCAGAGGUCUACCGUGUCUUCCAGGAGUGCAAGUUCGUUGAGGACGAGGGCGACAUUGUCUUCUACAAGAACUACUUGGGUCUCGCUGCUUCGCGCCCGAUUCUCCACGAGGGUAGUGCCAGCGAUUCCGGCAUUGAGGUUGAGAAGUAGAGUGGUUCCAGUUUCCCGUUUCCCGUUUUCAUCACGGUUCCCGCGUUGCACAUUUACGCUUUGACUGCAUGGUAUACUAGAACACGGUCGCAGGGGAGAAUGUAGUGCACAUUCGGUGGCUUACCGUCCGAUCUGGAGACGGUUGAGUCACUUACGAUGGGGUGAUGACUGACUGAUGUGGUCGGUAGAAUGUGGGUGGAGUAGUGGUAUAGUACGUCGCUGAUAGAAAGUAAUGAAAUGUUAUGACAUUUGCACCUCUCA